AUGAAGAGAAUCCCACGCAUCAAAUUUCCCCCAAGGCAUCACAAACCCUCUGGUGUGGCGCGCCAGGUUGAUGAAAUAUCUGUAAACGAUGAUGUUCAUAAGAAUGAAGAUCUUGUUAAUAAGUUCUUCUCAAGGGCCCCAUCCAGCACAUCAGUUGGGGGAAAGGCUUCUGAUCAGCCCAAAAGAACGCCGGUCUCUCAAGACGAGAUUGAAGCCAUCAUGUUGGGUGGCUGUUUCUGA